AUGCCGCUGUGUACACUCCACCUUCUGUCUCUCCACAAAACCACACCAAACCCGCUCUCAACAAUCGUCUCAACACUCAAAUCAUCCAAUGUCGCACCGCUGGUCGUAUCCCGCGUCGUUCGCUGGAUUAUUCUCCCCAGUCAACUAUCUACCGAGAAUUUGCUCGCGCGCAACAUUUCCUGGGAUUUGUUCAUCGUACUUCCUAGCACAUCAGCGCUCCCAUCCUCCCUUACCGACCUAGUCCAACAUCACUGGAGCAUAACCGCCGGCGUCCCAUCGCGCCUUAUCCAAGACUUCUCGCAAAAGAAUGCGAAAUUACUACACCCCGAUGCAUCUUCCGUGCCGAAGCUCAGCCAGGCGAAAAAGCGCGUCACAAGUUCAAGUCAAAACCUCGAACUCAGCUCGGGCCUAGACGCAUGGAUCGACGAAUUCACCAAGACAUCCGGUCCUGAAGCUACAGGCGCAGUCAGUAUGUUCAACCUGCUCGCCUUCAACCCAGGCAUGAAAGAAGAGUACUUGAAGUAUGGCAAAGCUUUUGCCGAAACGAUUGGUUCGCGACACGGCGGGAAUGCGAAAAUCGUUGGCAACGUCGUUAGCGCUGACUCCUCUCCUUCCCCAAGCCUGGUCGAUGCAAGCGCAGAUGGCUGGGACGAAGUUGCUCUCGCGCAUUAUCCGAGCAUCCGUCACUUUAGGGACAUGCUGAUCAGCGAGGAUUACCAGGAGGUCAAUCAUAGACACCGUGUGCCAAGUCUGAAGGACACGUGUAUCUUGAUGACGAGCGAGGUCGGGAUCGAGGGUCUGGUGAAGAGUGGAGCGAAAUUGUAG